UGGGAAACAUUUGGUGAAGUAAUUCUACAAAAACCUUGGCGACGAACCACGUUCCGAUUACCUGCUCAGUUGACCGAUGCGGAUCGUGCCUAUCUGAUUGCGACUGCUGCAAAACACUUUGACCGGGUCAUGGCCGUGUUACAAGCGAUGCCACGACCUAUGCUACUUUUUAUUCGGAAUCUAAACUUAGUUCGAUCCAUUUGUCGAUUGCAUGGAGAUCCCGUGGACCGCUAUGUGCUCAUGAUUGAUAGUGCUGUAAUGGGCAGUCGUUUAUACCGUGAUGACCGGGGUGUACAGCACUGUCUCAGUCUGACGGACACGAUUUAUAUCCAGCUCGUUUUGCGACGUUAUCAUUUUCAGCUACGGCUGUAUGUUGUCCCUGUGGAUUCUACCCAUUAUUUGCCUUUGUGCCACGUAGAGCGUGUAAGACUGAACUGA